UGUUUCUGCUGGAUGCAGGCAGUGAGUCAGAGCUGUGCACGCUUCAAACCGAGUGCAACGAACUGGAGUUUAACCGCUGAGAAACAGACAGAGUUUGGUCAUUGAGGAAAAAAUAUCAGUUUUUUUUUCUUUCGUGUGGGAGGUUUUUUUUUUCAGAAUUAAGAAGCGAGAAAUCCCCAGCGAGGAGUUCGGAUGUUAAAAGUUGAUGUGAAAGUUAAAAACUCCCGCUUUCGUAGAGUCCAGUGGAAUAUGAUUUGAACUAAAGGAACUCUGUUGCUCGCUAACAGGAUGAAUCUUGGUUCGCUUCACGCCGUCAUGCUGCUGUGGGCCCUGUGCCGCAGUACGCGGGGCCAGUGUGAUAAAUCAUCGGAGACCAACAAACUCAACCUCUCUGUCACCUACGAGCUCCCAACGUUCACCGCAGAAUUCCCCAUCCAGAACAUGGUGACGCUGGAUGGGAUCAUCUACGUCGGGGCCGUGAACCGAAUCUACGCCCUGGCUCCGAACCUCACGAAGCUCUCAGAGUACCACACGGGUCCGCUGCUUGCCAACGAGACAUGCGGCCGGAAACUGACCAGCACAGGCGACAGCGGCAGGGUGGACAACCACAACAUUGCCCUGGUGGUGGAGAACAUUUACGACAAGGGGUUGUACAGCUGCGGCUCGGCAGACAAUGGCGUUUGCAGACGUCACGUCCUGGACGAUGACAUCAGCCCGAAAACUGUAGACGAGCAGGUCUACUGCUUCGCUGACAGGGUGAAGCCAGGCAAGGGUCAACCCAGCGACUCGGACGUUGUGGUCAGCCCUUCAGGCUCUCAGGUGCUCAAUGUGGAGAGCAACGUCAUCAAGUUUUUUGUUGGAAACUCUGAGAUCCCCGGGUUAGGAAACACAUCAGGCAGCAGAACACACCCUCACACCAUCUCUCUGCGGAAGAUGAAGACGAGCCAAGAUGGCUUCACUUUCUUCUCCAGCCACUCGUACAUGGACCUGAUCCCAUCUCUCCGUGGAAACUACUACCUGCGCUACGUUCACUCUUUCCACAGUGGGCCUUUCACCUAUUUCCUCACCGUGCAGCAGAUGAGCAGGGACUCUCAGGCCUACCACACCCGCAUCGUUCGCAUGUGCUCCUCAGACCUGGUGAUCCGCCGCUACGUGGAGAUGCCCCUCGAAUGCAUCAGCACAGAUAAGAGGCGGCGACGAUCAACGGAAGAUGUGAAGAAAUUCAACAUCCUGCAGGCAGCCCACGUCACCAAGGUGGGCAACGACGUCGAACUGCAGAAGCUGCUGAAUGUGGAGGAGGGUGACGAUGUACUGUUCGCUGCCUUCGCACGAGGAAAGCCGAAUUCUCCGGAGCCGACUCCUAACUCGGCCGUCUGCAUCAUGUCACUGAAGCACAUCAACAACAUGUUCAAGAUGUACAUGCAGAGGUGCAACACCGUAGACCCGUAUCACUUCACUGGAUCAGACAAGAGGUCCUGCUACAAUGUGAGUUCAUCCGACGACUGCGACCCACACGAGGGAAUCCACGAAGGGAAGGAGGGGAAGUACCGCCUGCAGGUGAACCAGUUUGUCCAGAGGUUGGAGUACUGGCACAAAGAGCUCACCAACACCUUGGUCACCUCUAUCACCGUGGUACCGGUGCACGGCCGCGCGGUGGCGUACCUGGGCACCGCCGACGGACGCCACAUUCAGGUGCUGUUCUCCCGCUUUGCCUCCCCUCACGCCAACAUCCGCCUGGACUCGAGACCCGUCACGUCGAGCGUGGCGCUGCUGGACGCCAACGGCUCAGGAGGAGCUUUGCUGAUGGCCACAGGAAACAAGAUCACCAAGGUCCCUCUGAUUGGCCCCGGCUGUGGUCAGCUGACCACCUGUACUUCCUGCUUGCUGUCGUCAAGGGUGACCGAUUGCGGCUGGUGUGACGGACGCUGCACCAGAGCCAGCCAGUGUCCCUCCUCCACCUGGACACAACAGCACUGCACACCUGUCAUUACUAAGGUUUUCCCGACCUCCGGGCCAGUACGAGGCUCCACAACGUUGACGAUCUGCGGACACAACUUUGGCUUCGACAAGUCGGAGCGGUUCAAGGCCUCGCUGGUGACGGUGGAGGUGGCGGGAGCUCCCUGCAAACUGCCCAGACAAGACCAAGCAAACAGGUGGACUGAGAUUCAGUGUACGCCAGGGUUUAGUGGGAACUUCACCCCAUCAGGACACACAGUGAAGGUCACCACUGGCAACAAGGUGGCCAGGAUGGAGGGCUUCACCUUUGUGGAACCGGUGAUCCACGAAAUCUUCCCGACAUUUGGGCCAAAGUCUGGAGACACCAUGCUGACCAUCAGAGGAGCCUUCUUAGAUACUGGAAACAAGCAAGAGGUGACUGUUGGGAAGGCAGCCUGUAAAAUCCAGAGCUUGUCGUCGACCAUGCUGACCUGCAAGACGCCUCCUAAUGCCGUUCCCUCCGAGCAACCCGUGAAGCUGACGGUGGAUUCAGUGGUGGUCGUCGCUCCCGUCCUGUUCACCUACAACCAAGACCCCAUCAUCAACAGCAUCCAGCCGUCACGCUCCUUUGUCAGCGGAGGCUGCACCGUGUCGGCUCACGGCUUCUUCCUCCAGUCCGGCCUCCAGCCCCAGAUGGUCCUCACCACCGGUCAGGACGCCGAGGUCUUCCAUGUGAGCUGUGUGUACGGAGAGAACAGGACGUCCAUCCAGUGCACCACGCCCUCUCUGGCUAAGCUGGCCCUGCAGCCGCCGCUGGUCACCAAGGUGGCGUUCGUCCUGGACGGCUACUCCACGGGUCAGUGGGACCUGAUCUACGUGGAAGACCCCCUUUUCCAGGACCCCAAACUCACCUCCAAGGACAACAAGAGCGUUGUGGAGCUCAAGGGUGAUCGGAUGGACAGGGAGGCGAUGAAGUGUCAGGUUCUGACCGUCUCCAAUCACAGCUGCGAGAGUCUGACUGUGGUGGGAAACACUCUGGAGUGCACCGUUCCCACCGAGCUGCAGGCCACCACCGCCAAGGAGCUGCAGGUGGAGUGGCGGCAGGCGGACUCCAUCAGGCAUCUGGGCAAGGUGACGCUGGCGCAGGAGCAGGACUACACGGGCCUGAUCGUGGGCUGCGUGUGCGUCAGCUUGCUGCUGCUGCUGCUGGGAACGCUGCUGAUGUGGAGGAGGAACAAACACAUCGAUGAUCUGUCUGAGGUGUGGUAUGAUGGCCGGGGUCACAUCCAGCAUCUGGACAGGCUGGCUAACGCGAGGAGCGUCAGCCCCACUAAUGAAAUGGUCUCCCACGAGUCAGUCGACUAUAGAACAACCCUGCUGGAGGAUCAGGGCACCGACCGGCCCGAGACGUGCCGGGGGGCUCCCCCCAUCUACGGAGGCAACGGGGAGCUGCUGUCCCCCAGACUGGGGGUACUGGGUGCUGGAAUGGGGAUGGGUCUUGGGAUGGAGGGUGAGCUGGUGUCACCCCUGCUGAUGGCCCCGGUCCACAUAGACCCAUCCUGUCUCCACCCGGACCUGCUGACCGAGGUGCAGCACGUGGUGAUCGCCAGGGAGCAGCUGCUGCUUCACCUCAACCAAGUCAUCGGCAGAGGUCACUUUGGCUGCGUUUUCCAUGGAACUCUGCUCGAGCCAGACGGGCAGAAGCAGCACUGCGCCGUCAAGUCCCUGAACCGCAUCACAGAUCUUGAAGAGGUGUCCCAGUUCCUGAAGGAGGGGAUAAUCAUGAAGGACUUCAGCCACCCCAACGUCCUCUCUCUGCUGGGCAUCUGCCUGCCACCUGAGGGUUCACCGCUGGUGGUUCUGCCCUACAUGAAGCACGGCGACCUGCGCAACUUCAUCCGCGACGAGGCACACAACCCGACAGUCAAAGACCUGAUGGGCUUCGGGCUGCAGGUGGCCAGAGGGAUGGAGUAUCUGGCCAGCAAGAAGUUUGUCCACAGAGACCUCGCCGCCAGAAACUGCAUGUUGGAUGAGAGCUACACGGUGAAGGUGGCAGACUUCGGCUUGGCCAGAGACGUUUAUGAUAAAGAAUAUUACAGCGUCCACAACAAGAGCGGAGUCAAGCUGCCGGUCAAGUGGAUGGCGUUGGAGAGUCUGCAGACGCACAAGUUCACCACCAAGUCAGACGUGUGGUCGUUUGGCGUGUUGCUGUGGGAGCUGAUGACCCGUGGAGCGCCGCCAUACUCUGACGUGAACUCCUUCGACAUCACCGUGUUCCUGCUGCAGGGGAGGAGGCUGCUGCAGCCCGAGUUCUGCCCCGACGCCCUCUACACGGUGAUGAUCGAGUGCUGGCAUCCAAAGCCGGAGCGCCGGCCUUCUUUCUCCGAGCUGGUGUCCCGCAUCUCCGCCAUCUUCUCCAGCUUCAGCGGGGAGCACUACGUCCUGCUCAACACCACCUACGUCAACAUCGACAAGAUGAGCCCUUACCCCUCCCUCCUCGCCUCCACCUCCACCACUGCUGCUUCCUCCUCCUCCUCCUCCUCCUCGUCUUCCUCGUCCGACCCCUCCACCUCCCUGCCAUCCCAGUCCCCGUUCUUUUGCCACGUGGAGCUCGACUGCUGCACCUGAAAGAGGAGAACGUUGGGAGGGAAGAGAGACUCAGAGAUGGAGAAGAAGAGGGAGGAAGAAAGCAGUGAGGUGAUGAAGAACUACUGUAUGUACUUGUACACUGGACACUGUAUGCUGAGGAAAAACACACAGGUUUUGGAGCUUUGACUGUUCACUCAAUGUACAUAGAUCCUCGACCUUUGACCUUCCCAAGCAUCGCCGAACGACAGGAGCCUCCACGAACUGUAGGGCUGACCUUAUCGACUCCACCAACCUUUCUGACCUUUCAUUGACCCCCGAGGAGCAGGAGGUCAGCACUUCCUGCGUCUUCUACAAGACAAUUACAAGGCACGGGAACGCCUCCUCGAAGAGUUCCAGCGGACAAAGCCACGGUCACAGAAGCACAACGCAAUCCGUCAAAACAAAAAAUCCCACUGACUGCUGUACCCACGCACGGAGAGGAUGAAUUUCAUGAUUCUGCUCUCGUCUGGGUGGUAUGUGCUUCGAUACGCGGAUGUGGCUUUGGACCUUUUCGCCGUCUGUAAUGUGAAUGUUCGACAAAUGGCCAUGUAUUGUGUCGUAUAAAAAAAAAUAUCACACCUCCACACGCUAUGAACUCGACUAAAUGCCACCCUCAUACGUCUGAGAGACAAUGAAGCCUGCUGUGAUUGAUUUUGCUGCCUUAGGUGAGUAAACCAAAGCACGCUGGAAGUCAAUAAUGGCAGAUAACAGGGGAAUGGCAGUGUAGGUGUAAGGUGGGGUGUGUAAAAAAAAAAAAAAAAAAAAAAAAAAACUGCUGCCUGUGUGCAGUUCACUGGAUGCUUUAGUUGUAUAAUUGUCUUUGGACGAUUAGCUUUUAUUGUGCUCGGUAAAAAAAAAAAAAAAAGAAAAAGAAAAAGGUCUGGAUGUCUCAUCGUGACUCACCUGUGUGGAAUCCCCAGAUGUUUCUGAGUGAAAAGAGUUGGAAGCGCUUUUAUUUCUCCUUUUUAUUUUUUUGUUUUUAAACCUGAAACGUCCCGUCGUGUCAUAACGCUACAGCUCUGACAGCAGGAACACGCCUGAACGCUUUGAGGUUUUCUUGGAGAGAAGAAAGACUGUUUGUCAGAUCUGUGUCUCUUUUGUAUAACUUUGAUUUUAAUGACAGAGAACGUGCUCUGCCUGACAAAAUGAUACACCUAAACAAAGGAAAUGAGGGCUUGCAGCCUGGAGGUUUUUAACCCACGUUUGGUUCAUGGAACCAGAGACUUAAAAACUCUUAAACGCUUAAUCAAUUACAUAACGUGGUCCAAAUUUCAACAAAAAACUUGUUGUUCCAAAAGAUUUCAAGUCAAACUUUUGCAGCUUCAAACCAGGAGUGUGUUAUUAGUGACAGCUGUGUAUCACUGAAUCAUUAUGAAGAAAUAUUUCAACGUUCAAAGACCUCACCACAGUGUUUGCAGAUCUUAACUUUCAGGCAGCCGCUGACUUCCAGUCAUUUCAGUACGAUAUAAAAAAUGUUCUGCAGAUUCCUGAAACUUUCUCCGAGUUGUGUUUCAGUUAAAGCGCAGGGUUUGCUGUAACAUGAUGUAACACAGAUCAGUGAUAAACUGAUCAUGUGGGUUAUUGAUUAUUGCUGAGACAGUCGCCAACUGCUGCUUAUUUUCGGGGGAGAUGGGACAAAAUGUCUUCAAGAAAAUCUUCAUCAGUGUGCUGCAGUGAUCCACCGAUAACUUACUAAAUAUGAGUUUAGUAAAUUGUGAGUUAUACUCUACCUCCUCCAGCUUAUUCUCUAUGUGUGCAUCUGCUAAAAGAGUUUCAGAAAUGAAUGGAAACUAAUGGCUGCCUGAACGAGAGGAAAAACACAUCCAGUGUUGUGACAUAAUUUGUGGUAAUUGGGCUAAAAGUGCUGAAUCCUGGUGUGGUCAAAGCCUCUUUUUUCCUUUGCUUCGUGUAGCAGAUUAUGUUUUGUUUAGUUUUUAUCUGAAUGGCUGCUGAUGCGACUGGGCCAUCGACGGACAGGUAUGAAUGUUUGCUAUGACAAGAAAAUUGCUGUACUAUAUUUUUGUAUCGAUGAUGAGCCUCUUCUUUAAAAUCUGGUUAAAGACUGGUGGUCUGUGAAAAGCGCCAGGAACAAUGAACAAAGCCGCUCAACCGAUCCUUUGGUUUUCAAGACAAAUCACUGCCAUUUGUACAUAAAGAGAGGGGGAUUGUGGGGGAUCUUGUGCGUGUCUGUCUGCAGCAUGCAGAGCCACACAUCUGACUGAUAAACCUGUGGGUGUAUGCUCAUUUAGCUUCUCAUCAUUACUGCUAGAUUAUAGCGAAACAGUAAAGAGCUGAACAAACUUGAGCAACCUCACACCCGACACAUCACUCAAAGACUGCUGUCACUUUGAUCAUGUGAUUCUCCACCACUUUGUCUGUGCUCAACACUGUCUGUUCUCUGUGUGUGUGUGUGUGUGUUAAAAUAAACCCUGAAGGUACAUGUUCCUGUGUAAUGUCAGAUGAACUUUGUCAGUGUAAUAAAGCUAUAUACUAUCAGAGUUAA